AUGGGGCCGGCCGGGCGCCAGCUGGGAGCCCUGCUCUGGAAGGACUGGCUGUGCCGACGCAGGCACCCGGUCCUUUCCCUCGCUGAAUUCUUGUGGCCAUGUAUCCUGUUCACGAUUCUGAUAGUCCUUCGUGUUCAAGAACCUCCCAGACAUAGGGACAACUGUUACUUGCAGCCCCGGGACCUGCCCAGCGGGGGCGUUUUCCCCUUCAUCCAAGGCCUUCUCUGCAACACCGGGGCCAGGUGCCGGAACACAAGCUACGUGGGGCCCAAGGAGCACCACUUCCAUUCUUCUAGGUUCCAAGCCACCGCCGCCCAUCACAAGAUCGAGGACGUGGGCUUCUUACAAGAGAUGCAGGACCUGGCCGAUGAGAUUUGUGAGACGAUGGACAAGGCAACUCACCUGAAAAAACUUUGGGUGGAAACACCCGAGGCUCCAGAGCUGAAACAGGCACCCGGCGGACGCGUUCUGGCUGCCGGCGGAACUAACGUGUCCGAAAUCUUCUUUAUCGUAGGCUCUCCUCAGGGCUCCGGUUUCUUGUCGGCAGACCUCAGCACGACCGAGGAGGUGAUUUCGACGUUGGAAAGCCUCCACCGCCAGCCCCGGGUCUGGGACUUUCUACUCUCACUGCCCAGGCUCCACGCAAACGGCGCCGGCGCGGAGGAGGGCCCCCGGGGUGCAGAGCGCCUCCUCCAGGCAGCCCUCAAGGUCUUCAGCUCCCCGAGGGGCCGUCCAGCGGCGGGGGGAACAUCGCAGGCCCUCGAGGACGGGCCAGCGGACUUUCUCCUGUUCUCCGUGGACUUUCUGGGGAAGCUGUUGCUGCCUGACCCUCUCCGCUCCCCCGGCGACCCCACGGAGACCGUUCUGAACGCGGGUCGUUCGGGGGACCACCGCUCGAGGGCUUUAGAGAGGGAGCCGCCCGGCGCUGACCCUCAGGGGCUUCGGGAACUUGGCAGAGAGACAACCGAACACACGCAGACCCUCCGGGAGGAGGCGUCGGGCGCUAUUUCGAGAUUUGCAGACACGGCGCUUUCUGCGGUCAGCCCCCGGCUCCUGGCGGUGCGGGCCGGCGGCAUUUCCAAAGGGGAGCGCGCGCCCCCGGAGCCCCCGCCUGCGCCUGCAAAUCCGUCUCUCCUGCGCAAUGAGAGGAGCCUGGGGGAGACCUGGAGCUCCUCCCGGGUGUUCCGCCCGGAUCGGCCCGAGUCCCCGGCUGUGACGACGGGCUUUGUCCAUCUGAGCGAAGCUGUAAUCCGGGGCCUCUGUGACCUGGGGCUUCUGCGGCCGGAGCAGGCCUCGGGCGCCCUGGGCGCGGUCGCCGCCGUGAGGAACGCCUCCGGCCUUUUCUCAGCCCUCCCUGGACCCCAAAGGCAAGACUUUGAUGACAUUUUGACCGACAUAUAUCGAAAUGUCUUUAAAGGCCGAGAUCCGGCUUUUCUUCUGCAGGUUUGUUCUUCCUAUUACCAGUCCGUCGGCGGAUCCUCGGGCACCCCGAGCGGCGGUUCUCUGCUGUCUUUCGUCGCUCACAUCUCGCAGCACGUCCUGGAGAUCGCGACGCAGUUUAACGCUCAAAACACCAGCAGAGCAUUUGCGUUUUUACACGAGACCGCGGAGCUCCUCGCGGGGCUUCCUGAGGCGUCUCACUGCCAACAGCUGCUCCCCGUUUUCAGCUUCGUGGAGCUUCAGGCCGGGUCCCCGGUGUCCUCGGAGGGCCCAGGGUUGGACGCGGUCCCCGCUGCCCUGACCGGCCUCAAGCACCUGCUCCGCGUGGACAGAGGUGUCCGCAGGUCAUUGUUUCAGCACCUGAACCGGCUCCUCAACAGCUCGGCGGGAGUGCCCGUGGGUGACGGGUCCCUCGCUUGGGGUGAUAACGGCUCCUCUCCUGUGAAUUGCUCAGUAGGUGGGGGGCCCCCGAUUACUCCCCCGUGGGCGCAGAUUCUUUCAAACCUCUCUGCGGACGGCGGCGUGUCCAGCGGUCGGAGGGCCCUUCACUGCUCCAUUUCGUGGCUUCGGGCGUGGACGGAAAUCUGGGCAAGCGUGGCCCAGGCGCUGGAGCUGGACACGGACGUCUUCACGCCCCUUCGCGCGGGCCUCACCCAGCUUCUGCGUGACCUGGGGAUGGAGGCGGGAAUCCCCCGGAGCUGCCCGCGGGCCCUCGCUGAAGGUAUCGCCGCCUUCAUGGGGCGAAUCAACAGCGUCUCCGGAGAAGGCGAUUCUCAAGCCGACCUCCUGGCUCGGCCGGAAGCUUCUGAGGACGGGGCAUCUCUUCCUCUGAAAGUCCUGCCUGACUCGACUACGACCUUUCUUAGCAGUUCCACAGUAACUGCGGACGUGAAAGUAAAAGACCUGAUGCGGAACAUCACCGCGUUGACCGAGGAGCUCCGAUCUCUCCACAUCUCAGAUGGAACGGUCAACAGCAUUCUGGAAGCAAAUAUUUCCCGCUCACAGGUCCUGUCCGGGGCCCUGACUGUGGCCUUGUCGGGGAGAUGCGAUCAGGAGGUGCUCCGUCUCCUGCUGGCCUUUCCCGAGGAUGGGACGUCUCGCUUUGCCGCGAGGGAGCUGUGCGGCCUGCCCCGGGCCACGGUGUACUCUCUGCUGGUGUCGAUGAGCCGGAACCUGGACCUGCGCAGCUUCAUCUACAAGGUUCUGAUACCGGCAGAAGCCAGAGGCAUGCUCGGCUCCCUGUCGGCCGUGGUCUCCCGGCUCAGCCACCUGCUCCCCAAGGCCAGCCGCGUCCUGGACCACCUUCCCGAGACCCUCCACGCGCUGAACGCCACGGCCUGGCUGGACGCGCCCGACUCUCCACAGGCUCCACACGGUGACCAGGCCAGGAGUUCAGCCUUUGGCUCCUUCCAGUCGGUGAUGAAGAUGGUCUGUAAGGAGCAGGAGUCUUUCCUCAGCAGCUCGCACAUGCUCCUCGACUUGCCCAGAGUUCACGAGCUCGUGGGAGACGACAAAGAGAAAUUCAACAUUCCUGAAGGCUCAACUCCGUUUUGCUUGAAGCUUUAUCAGGAAAUUCUACAGUCUCCAAACGGUGCCUUGGUGUGGUCCUUCCUAAAACCGAUAAUACACGGGAAAAUACUGUACACGCCGAACACCCCGGAGAUGAACAAGGUCAUUCAAAAGGCGAAUCACACGUUUGUGUUUGUGGACAAGCUAAGGACACUAUCAGAAACGUUGCUGAAAGUAGCCGGCAGCUUCCAGAGUGGUGGGAGUGGCCAGAUGCUCGAGUGGCUGCAGAAAGUCCUGGAAAGCGCAUUUAUCAGGCGCUUUGUGGAAAACCAGCUACACAUCGACGUGGACACACUGAUGGAGAAGCUGCAGACGUUCACAGGGAGCCUGGGCCGGAUGCUGAGCCCCACCGGCACCGCCCGCCUCCUCUCCCUGGGCCGGGCCGUGGUCAACCUCUCCUCCUGCGUGGAGCUGAACCGCUUCCAGGGGCUGGAGUCUGUCGCCGCCCUGGAGGCCGCCGCGCUCAAGCUCAGGCAGGAGAACAGUUUGCUGGCCAGCGUCAUCUUCAACAUCUCCUCCGCGGGCAGGGGCUCGGGAGCGGACGGGCCCCCACUCCCGCCCCGCGUGGCCUACACGCUCCGCACCAGCGUCCUGCACAGCCUGCGCACCGACCGGGCGAGGAGCCCGCUGUGGAAGUUCCAUCCCCAGAGCCUGCCGGCCGAGGGCUUCAAGUACAACUACGUGUUCGCGCCGCUGCAGGACCUGAUCGAGCGAGCCCUCCUCCUGGCGCAGGCCGGGCGGGAGGCCGCGGGGCCGGCCACGCAGGCGCAGGCCAUCCCCUACCCCUGUCACCACAGCGACCUGUUCCUGAACAACGUGGGCUUCUUCCUCCCCCUGGUAAUGGUGCUGGCCUGGAUGGUGUCCGUGGCCAGUAUGGUCCGGAAGCUGGUCUACGAGCGGGAGAUCCAGAUGGAGGAGCACCUGAGGAUGAUGGGGGCGCCCCCGGCCGCCAGCGUCCUGGCCUGGCUCCUGGGGAACGUGGCCGUGAUGACCCUCAGCAGCGCCGCCCUGGCGGCCGUCCUGAAAGCCAGCGGCAUCUUUGCGCACAGCGACGCCCGCCUGGUGUUCCUCUUCCUGCUGGACUUCGGGGUGUCGGCGGUGACGCUGAGCUACCUGCUGAGCGCGCUCUUCGGCCGGGCGGCCGCCGCGGGCCUCUGCUCCAGCCUGCUCUACCUGCUCAGCUUCCUGCCCUAUGUCGUCUUGCUGGUUCUGCACAGCCAGCUCAGCCCCGCCGCCCAGACCCUCCUGUGCCUCUUCUCCACGACCGCCUUCGGACAGGGAGUGUUUUUCAUCACAUUCCUCGAAGGGCAGGAGGCAGGCGUCCAGUGGGGCAACCUGGACCAGCCCCCGGAGCAGGGGGGCAUGGCGUUCGGCUGGGUCUGCUGGAUGAUCCUGGUCGACUCGGGCCUUUAUUUUCUGGGUGGCUGGUACCUGAGCAACCUGAUUCCCGGAACGGUCGGCCUGCGGAAGCCGUGGCAUUUCCCCUUCACGGCCUCGUACUGGAAGGGCCUGUGUGGCCCCGUGGCCCAGGGGCAGUGCCCUCGGGGUCCCGGUCUGUUCUCCCCCCGCGAGAACGUCGGCCGCGCAGGGUCGUCACCACAACACGGGAAGGGGGAGAGGGAAGGGGGCGCCCCGGGCGUCACCCUGGUGUCGGUGACCAAGGAGUACCAGCCCCACCAGGCGGCCGUGCGAGACCUGACCCUCACCUUCCACAGAGACCAGAUCACCGCCCUGCUGGGGACCAACGGCGCCGGGAAGACCACUGUCAUGUCCCUGGUGACAGGGCUGCUUGCUCCCACGUCUGGGACCAUCCUUGUUGAUGGCAGGAACCUGCAGACAGACUUGUCCGCUGUCAGGAAGGAGCUGGGGGUGUGUCCUCAGCGGGACGUCCUGUUCGACAGGCUCACCGUCCGGGAGCACCUGCUACUCUUUGCGGCCAUCAAGUCCCCCCAGUGGACCUGGGCGGAGCGCCGGCAGCAAGUGGACAAGACCCUCCUGGACGUGGGGCUGACGCAGCACCGGCACAAGCAGGCCCGUGCCCUGUCCGGGGGCCUGAAGAGGAGGCUGUCCAUCGGCGCCGCGUUCCUCGGCUCCUCCAGGACUGUGGUGCUGGACGAGCCCACCAGCGGGGUGGACCCCUGCUCCCGGCGCAGCAUCUGGGACACCAUCCUCCGGUACCGCAAAGGUCGCACGAUCAUCUUCACCACCCAUCACCUGGACGAGGCGGAGGCGCUGAGUGACCGCGUGGCCGUCCUGCAGCGGGGCCGGCUCUGCCUCUGCGGCCCCCCCCUCUGCCUGACCGCAGCCCACAGCCAGGGCCUGAGCCUUGUGCUCACGAAGCAGCCUUCUGUUCUGGAGGUGGAGGACCCGAAGGACACAGCGCACACGACAGCCCUGAUACAGGCCUACAUCCCACAAGCGUUCCUCAAGGACAGCAGCGGGCACACGCUGAGCUACGCCAUCCCCCGGGACGCCGACCGAGCCGGCUUCAAGGGGCUCUUCCAGGCGCUGGAGCAGCACCAGCACCGCCUGCACCUGGCCGGCUUCGGGGUCUCAGACACCACCUUGGAGCAGCGGCUUCAGGAGGACGUGUCUUUGGUGCACGCGAAGGAGGGAACCCAGCCUGAGGUGGGGACCUGCCCCCGGCAUGGCGACGGCGCCCCUGCCAGCACCCUGACCCAGGUGUCCGCCCUGCUGACCAAGCGGCUGUGCGGCGCACGCCGGGCCUGGCGGGGCUCGCUCUGCGUCCUGCUGCUUCCUGUCCUCUUUGUGGCCUUGGCCAUGGGCCUGUUCAUGGUGAGGCCUCUGGCCGUCGACUACCCUCCCCUCCAGCUGACACCCGGCCACUACGGGGAAGCCGAAACCUACUUCUUCAGCAGUGAGAGCGAUGGCAUGGGGCUCACCCACGUGCUUCUGCGCCAGUUCGAAGACAAGGAGCUGCUCUGUGCCACCCCGAACCCGGACCUGACGAACUCCUCCUGUUGGCACACGGACCCCUUGUCUCGCCUGGAGGCCCAGGGUUCCUGCGGCUGCCUGACCUGUCCAAACGCAAGUGCCCGGGCCUCCUACCUGACCAACCGCCUGGGCCACACGCUGCUGAACCUCUCGGCUGUCUGCCUGGAGGAGUACCUGCUGCUGCCCAGUGAGAAACCCAGGCUCGGAGGCUGGUCUUUCGGAGCUCGAGCCCCGGAUCCAGGACACGGUGCUGAUUCGAGUGUGUCAGAGCCAAGAAACCUGGCAAAGGUGUGGUACAACCAGAAGGCCUUCCACUCCCUCCCCUCCUACCUGAACCACCUGAACAACGUCAUCCUGUGGAGGCUCCUGCCGCCUGGCGCGGACUGGAGACGGUAUGGAAUAACGCUCUACAGCCACCCCUACGGAGGGGCCUUGCUGAGCGAGGACAGGAUCCUGGAGGGCAUCCGGCAGUGCGGCGUCGCCCUCUGCAUCCUGCUGGGCUUCUCUGUCCUGUCCGCCUCCAUCGGGAGCUCCGUGGUCAGGGACAGGGUGACCGGCGCCAAGAGGCUGCAGCACAUCAGUGGCCUGGGCUACGGCGCCUACUGGCUCACCCACUUCCUGUUCGACAUGCUCUCUUACCUGGUCUCCGCUGGCCUCUGCGUCGUUGUCGUCGCCGCCUUCGGGCUGCCAGCCUUCACCUCCCGGGAGAACCUGGCGGCCACGGCCCUGCUGCUGGCGCUGUUUGGGUAUGCGACUCUCCCGUGGAUGUAUCUGAUGUCCAGGGUCUUCUCCAGCUCGGACGUCGCCUUCAUCGCCUACGUCUCGCUGAACUUCAUCCUGGGCCUCUGCACCAUGCUCAUGGCCACCAUGCCCCGGCUGCUGGCCAUUGUCGCCAAGGACCAGACCCUGCAGAACAUCUACAAGGUCCUCAAGUGGGCCUUCACUGUUUUCCCCCCGUUCUGCCUGGGCCAGGGGCUCAUCGAGCUCUGCUACAACCAGGUCAGGUUCGACCUGGCCCACAGCUUCGGUAUCGACGCCUACGCCAGCCCCUUCGAGACGGGCUUCCUGGGCUGGACGUUCGUGCAGCUGGCCUCGCAGGGCACCGUGCUCCUGCUCCUCAGGCUGAGCCUGCACUGGGACCUGGUGCGGAGGCCCAGGGGUCGCUCUGCCGUCCAAGGCACGGUCACGGCCUUCGAGGACAGGGACGUGGCAGAGGAGCAGACGCGGGUGUUGAAGGGAAGAACCGGUGGCGACCUCCUGGUGCUGUGCAACCUGAGCAAGAGCUACGGGGGCUUCUCCCGCAGGACGGCGGCCGUGCAGGACGUGAGCCUGGGCCUGCGCAGAGGGGAGUGCUUCGGGCUUCUGGGGGUGAACGGAGCCGGGAAGAGCACCACGUUCAAGAUGCUGAGCGGGGACGAGCCCCCGACCGCAGGCCACGCCGUGGUCAGGACGCCCGCGGGGGUGGACGCGCCUCUGUUCUCCGCCGCGGCGGCCGGCGUGCGCGUGGGCUACUGUCCGCAGCAGGACGCCCUGGACGAGCUGCUGACCGGCCGGGAGCACCUCCACUACUACUGCCGCCUGCGCGGGAUCCCCGCCCCGCACAUCCCGGAGGUGGCGGGGGACCUGGUGAGGCGCCUGCAGCUGGGAGCCCACGUGGACAAGCCCGUGGCCACCUACAGCAGGGGCACCCAGCGGAAGCUGUCCGUGGCCCUGGCCCUGCUGGGGAAGCCGGACCUCCUGCUGCUGGACGAGCCCAGCUCGGGGAUGGACCCCUGCUCGAAGCGGUCUCUGUGGGAAGCCAUAAGGAAGGAGGUCCAGGAGGGCUGUGCCGCGGUGCUGACCUCGCACAGCGUGGACGAGUGUGAGGCCCUCUGCGCCCGGCUCGCCAUCAUGGUCGGCGGCAGCUUCCGGUGCCUGGGGUCCCCCCAGCACGUCAGGGACAGGUUUGGGGACGGCUACACCGUCAGAGUGUGGGUCCCCGAGGAGGGAGGUCACCACGCCAUCUCCGGCUGCCUGGAGCUGCUUUUCCCCGGAGCCCGGCUUAAGGGACAGCGCCUCCCUUUGCUGGAGUUCCACGUGCCCAAGGGGUCGGGCCGCUUGGCCGACCUGCUGCAGGUUCUGGAGAACAGCAAGGCUGCGCUGAGCAUCCGGCGCUACGCCGUCGGCCAGGCCUCGCUGGAGCAGGUGUUUAUUGAUUUUGCUACUGAGCAGCAGCCGGCUCCAGGCCCGUCCCCCAAGGGCCGCCGGCCACCUCCCCUGCCUGUCUGA